AUGUUUGAUGGCCCCUCAAAGGAUCAUAUUUUGAGCCAAAAAAGUAAAGGGAACCUCCGAAUUGCUCAACUACGGGGGCACGAUCCAGCACCAGAAACGGAAGAUCAAAAUGAUUCAAAAGACUAUAGAAUCACAACCUUGUUCCGAAGUGUGAUUAUCAUUAUGAGAGAGUGCAAAAACGCUGUGCCGGCCGCCGAACGAAAAGUGUUGUUGAUGAGAACUGGUAUCAAGGAUGGACUUGCUAUAUUCUUAAACUUUGAGGGAGUUGAACAAGUCGAGGAUGAUGAUCCUGAUUUCAUACCACCAAGCAAUAGCAUCACAACAACAUUAAAAGAAGCGGUGGCAUACAUCAUGCGAGUUAACAAGGCGUUUGAGAAUAUGUUCCCAUUGUCAAAUGAACAGAACACUGGAACAUUCAUAACAGACUCUGGAAAGUCAUUAUCCUUGACGACGCCAAAAUAA